AUGUAUCUGAUCACCAUCCUGGGAAACAUUCUCAUCUUCCUGGCUGUUAUGUUGGAUACCCACCUCCACACUCCCAUGUACUUCCUCUCCAACUUGUCCUUGACUGAUAGCUGUUUCAUCUCCACCACAGUCCUAAACAUUAUUGUGGACAUCCAAACUCACAGUAGAGCCAUCUCCUAUGUGGGAUGCCUAACACAGAUGUCUGUUUUUGUCAUUUUUAUAUGUAUGGAUGACAUGCUUCUUUCUGUGAUGGCUUACGACAGGUUUGUAGCCAUCUGUCACCCCCUGCAUUACUCAGUCAUCAUGAGUCCACAACUCUGUGUUUUCUUACUCUUGAUAUCAUUAUUGUUUAGCCUUUUGGUCACCCAACUGCACAAUUUAAUUGCCUUACAACUUACCUGCUUCAAUGAUGUUGAAAUAUCCAACUUUUUCUGUCACCCUUCCCAAAUUCUUAACCUUGCCUGUUCUUCUGUUACCUUCACCAGAAACAUAGUAACAUAUUUUGUUGGUGCCAUAUUUGUUGUUUUCCCCAUGUCAGGGAUCCUUUUCUCUUACUAUAAAGUUAUUUCCUCCAUUAUGAAAAUCUUAUCAUCAGGUGGGAGGUAUAAAGCCUUUUUAACCUGUGGGUCUCACCUAUCAAUUGUUUGCUUGUUUUGUAGAAAAGGUAUUGGAACUUAUCUUGGUUCAUCUGUAUCACAUUCUCCCAGGAGGGUAUGGUGGCCUCAGUGA